AUGAACAACAAUCAAACACACGCACAAUACAAAGUCCAGCUGCUGUUGCACAUCAACAGCGUGCUUCUAGCACGAAUCAAUCAAAUGAACGCAAACCCAACGCAGUUUUCCGCCGAACAACAACAGAAUAUCACCGCCCAGUAUCUUAAGCGCGUUCACGCUAAUCUCCAAUGCAUUUCACAGCUCAACCAGGGCGUUCAAGAUACCAAACCGGCCCUGCUGGAUUCACCACAGCUGCCGAUGCAACAGAACUCCCAAGACAUCCUUGCGAAACUGUAUCUUUUGACCAAUCGUGUGUUCGAAGUGUGGUAA